GGACCCGCAGCGCAUGCGUCGAGCGGGCUCCUGGCAGACCGCGGCGUGGGAAGGGAAGAGAGCUGGAUGUCAGCAUGAAGCGGAGAGCCAGGAUGCAGGGCAGAGGGUCCACCUGGUAGCCCCUCUGCCCCUUCCCUCCUGCGAUGGGGCUCAGCGAUUGGCUGGGCGCCUGGUGCUGCGCGUGCGGAUGCUGCCGGCGCGAGAGGGCGGCCGCGCUCCCAGAGAAGGAGCCCUUGGUCAGUAAUAACAACCCGUAUGCUUCGUUUGGGGCAACCCAGUCGUGGGAUGAAGAGAAAAACUUGUGGAGCGCCCCUCACGACGUCUCCCACACCGAAGCCGACGAUGACCGGGUCCUAUACAACCUUAUUGUGGUCAGAGACAGAUUGGACAAAGAUUCUGAGGAAUGGCAAAAACUGAACUACGACAUCUAUACUCUAAGACAACUGCGAAGAGAAGUAAGAAACAGGUGGAAACGCAUUCUGGAAGACUUGGGUUUCCAGAAGGAGGCAGAUACGCUGUUGUCUGUGACCAAACGCAGCAUUGUUAGCGACUCUCAGAAUAUGAGCAAAGCCCGUGAAAUCCUCUUGAAGCUAUCUGAGGAGACAACUAUUUUCCCAACAAGCUGGGAGCUUUCUGAGAGAUACCUUUUUGUGGUGGACCGUCUCAUUGCCCUUGAUGCUGCUGAUGAGUUCUUCCGCAUUGCCAGCGUAACCUAUCCAAAGAGACUUCACAUGGCAAAAGAUGAAGACCAACUGAAAACAGACCAGUGCAAUUCCACGCUGUCGUAACACCGCAUCCCUCGUGCUGGAAGUGACUGUUCUUGUUUUUGGAGGGCUGAGCCAAAACGGUGGGACUUCUUACUUUAGAGAAGCACAGCAGGCCAUCAGGACAAAGAAUCCUCUGCCUGGCAAGUGGCACGAUGCCAUAGAGACUUGUGGUCUGUGACAAGGACAUUCAGACACUGUUGUAAGCGUCGGUGCUAGUCUAGAUGUUGGUGGUAGUCUUCCUGCUACUGCAAAGAUACAAAGAGUGCUCUGGUGGUGGUAGAAGAAACCUCCCACAUAAAGUCUUGCUUCUUGUGUAUGAAGUGGCUUUCACUUCACUGAGUACAAUGAUUUGUGUUCCCUAUAAGUGGCCAUUCCUUCCUUCCACUGUCAGUGUUCUUGUUUAAGUGAAAUCCUAACAGAGGAUGAAAGCUGCCAUUUUGUCAAGCCCUCCUUGCCUCUGAGUACAUUUUGUGUUGUGCCAGCGAACUCAUCUAUGCCCACUUAUGCAAUGAGACAUUAAGUGUCUGGUAGCUGUGGGUGACUUGUAUCCCUGUGACAUGACCAAUAACGUGUUGUGAAUGGCAUUAACAGUGGAAAUGAGUUUCUGGUAGCAGAAGUGUCUCCAUGUGUCUUUUUAGUAAGUGACGAAGCAGGAAAUCAAAUCCUGUGAUUUCCAAGCUGAUAUUUUUGCCUCAAAAUAUUUUAAAACAAACUUCUGUUACAUCUGCUUCAGCUUUGCCUGCCUAGUACGGGUCCAUCGUUAGACUGUGAGUGUUUUAUGUGUAAUUACAGUCACACUCCACACUUGCAGGUUUCACUUGCAAAUUCGAUUAUUCAUGGAUUUGAUUAAUACACAAUGUGUCCUGGCGAUCAAGUGAAACUUGAUCGCUCAUUAAACCAUUGGCAGCUUUUUGUAUAGGUGUACCAUGUUGCCAUCAUUAAAUAUAUUCCUUUGAAAUAGGGUCCAUCAUAUUGAAACGCUGUAUAUUCUCUCUAGGAAUUUCAUAAGUCCUCUGGUGCAACUCUAUGUCGAAUUCCACCUAAUGUUGCUUGGAGGAUCUAGCAAUUACUAGAGAAAGUGAAAAAAAAAGGUUUUGUUUGUGGUCUUUCCACAUUUGCACAGGCGCUUUACCCUUAACUCCAGGAAAUAUAGAGGGGUGACUGUAUUUCUUUUAAGAUAUUUUGCUGGAAAAAACAAAUCUGAGCAUUCCUUGAUGGGGAAUUUCUUGUUAACAAUUUAUUGUAAAUUGACAUCUCAUUCCAGGGGCUUUCUAUGCUCCAUUUAGUAUUUUGGUCACAAGCUGAACUUGGGCAUUCCCGCUUCUCCUUUCAGUUUGCUGUGGCUGAGCAUUCAGUAACUGAGAGGCACAAAAUUGUUCUCUUUUUAACCCCCCCCCCCCCAAAUAUUUGAACAAAUGUGUGUUUACUUUAUGGAAAUCUAUAUAAUGUUUUAAACGUGAAUGAUAGCAAAAUAUAUAUUUGCUGUUUUUAGAUUCGGAAAUGAGCAGUCAUUUUAAACUGCAGAUGUGGUGAAGGCUCACAACUUUGGAAAAUUAAAAAAAGCUGCUGAUCUUGCCAGAUGGCAUUCCGUUUUGUGCAUACAACCCAACAAACCAAGCGGCAAGAUAAAUUUUAAGUGUUUAUAGCAGGAUUGGAAAUCAUGCAGUGCUGAUGGAUUGUUAGGCCCAGCAGCGUAGGAAUGGUGAGAGCUACAGUUCAGCAACAUCUGAAGAGUCACAUGAUCCUCACCCCUGAUUUAUACCAACUAGGUUCAUGUAACUAUUGAAGUCUGAGUGUUGUCAGGUUUCCUAUAAAAAUGUAGGCAUUACUUCUAUACAUUGGUACAAUUAAUUUAAUAAAUAAAUAAAUAAAUCUGA